AUGGCUCGGCAAAGCUCUAGCGGCUCACGCAACAACCGGAGAGACCAAGGCAACCCUGGAUCCAGGGAUCUGGAAGCCGCACACGGCAUCGCUGCUGCAGGCCAAUCUGAUGGGGCGCCACCGACAAGGGCGGCCGCUGGAUGGAGGCCUUGGAAGGUUAUGAUAGGUUGCUUCUGUCUCACGGUUCCCACAUACGGGCUACUGAGCAGUAUCGGGCUGUUCCAGACUUACUGGCACGAGCACAUGCUCCAGGGCUAUUCAGAGAGCGAGAUCUCGUGGAUCAUCUCCGUAUUCGGCUUCCUUACUUGCCUCUUUGCAUCGCCUGCAGGGAUAGUCUUCGACCGCUAUGGAUCGGCUUGGCUACUACCGACGGGCAGCGUGGCAUAUAUUGUCUCUUUCAUUGGCCUGACGUUUUCGUCGACAUAUCAGGAACUCAUGGGCUGCAUGACACUGGCGGGCGUGGCUGCCGCGUUUAGCGUCAUCAGCCAAUGGUUUCAAGCCGGGGCCGGUGUCCCGGCCGGCUUCGUUUCGCUGGGUGCGGCUCUAGGCGGCAUCUUCUUCUCUAUGGUCCUCCAAGUCCUCUUCCAAAAUUUCCAGUGGAAGUCCGCGGCCCUCAUACUCACCGCCAUACUCGCUUGCUUCUUGCUCGUGGGAAAUAUUCUGGUCAAGACCAAUGCGGUGGAGCAAGCAGCAGAUAAUAACGAAGGCUACGAGCCCACAAAGAUAGCAGACAUGCUGCGAUCCCCCAAGUUUUGGCUUGUCAGCUAUGCCCUUUUCGGUGAGCCAUCUCAGCCUCCCAGACUAACGGAGCCAACCUACGAGCUCGUACUCUUCAUCCAGUGGGGUUCUAUCCCUUCCUACGCAGUAUCUGCCCAAGUUGGUAGUAUCCAGUUCUAUUUGAUGAUGUCGUACAACAUUGGCGCCGUGUUUGGACGAACCGUUCCCCCUUACGUUUCGGAUCGGAAGCUUGGCUCGAUAAACACCACCAUAUUGAUGAAUAUUUUCACGUUGCUCGUCGUGCUGGUGAUAUGGCUUCCUUUUGGCGGCUCUUCGACUGCGGCCCUUUUUCUUGCCAUUGUCCUUAUGGGGUUUGGCACAGGAAGCUUCGUUCCUCUUGGCGUCUCAUGCAUCAAUGCACUUUGCACCCCGCAAACCGCGGGGACAUGGAUCGGUUCAGUCUACAGUGUCGUCUCUUUUGCCACCCUAAUUGGCAAUCCGGCUUCAGCAGCCAUCCUUGCCCAAUACAAACCCAGCGGUUUGGUAGGCUUUCUAGCCGCGGUCCUCUUUUCCGGGCUUGUCAGUGUCGGGGCUCUUCGGUGGCUCUGCCAUGGGCGUCGGUGGAUCUUGAAGGCUAGGGUUUGA